CAGAGCCUUGAAAUUAAUUAUCAUUUUCAAUAUUACAUAUGCUUCUAUUUGGUAAAAUAUUACAUGAAGCCUUAGUAUUCGCAGAGCUAUAUAAAAUGCAGUCAUCAUGACGCCAGGAGACUUCUUAGAUUUUAUCUUGAUGGAAUAUCAUUAUCGCCUAUGAUAGAAUUUUGGUACAAUUUUUUCUCGUAAGGCGAUGUUAGUUUAUGCCCUGUAUGAUGGGUCUUUCGUAGCGCCCGCCGCAGGGAAUUCUCAAUUGAUGGGCAUUAUCUCCCAAUAUGAUCCAUGAGUUGGGUGUGAUCCCGGGCAUGAAUGGUAGGCCGGGUUGGCCCCUGAAAACGCGAUUGGUAGUGGCGCUGUAUCCAAGCCAGAGCACUCUGUUGUGUGCUACGGCCUGGUUUUGCUUGUCAAAACUGCCACACCAUAGUCGUUCCAUGCUCUGUCCUAAACUCCAUGUUACCAACAUCCUCAGCCUCGCCUUCGCCCCCAUUUAUCACAAAUACCUCUUGCGCCAACCUUAUCAGAUUACUUUCUCGCAGGAUUCGCAAGCUGGGAUGAGCUGUUGAUUUGUACAAUUCAUUAGCACCUUUCCUCCUCCGUCUCGUUGCUGUUCUGCUCGUCUGCAGAACCUUUGACCCCGCAUCCAGCCAUUGCCCAUCACACUGCGUUGGUACAUGUGGUAUCUGUCUACCUUACUUAAGGUACUCAAGGACUGAAACACUUCGUAACUUUUUCUUGAUCUCGGCCAGACGUUUCCUCUGGUAUGCAUACAACCUUGAAUUACCCUCAUAUCCUUGAGUACAUUGCACACACCACAACAAGCUCAGGGAAGUACCUUUCUUAUUCUAACAACUUUUUGUCCCAGUUAUCUGUCAACCCUCAUAUUUCGUAUGGGGUAUACGAGCUUUCAUAUUUUCCAACUCCUGUCCAUUCGGCGAAUCUGAGAACACAAGGAUACCUGAAAGAACUUCAACGUGAAGUUUGCCAGGUUGCCAUACGGUACUCCCAUACAAGAUUCACUCACUGUGGCCACAUAUCAUUGCAAAAUAACGCAAGACAACCCCAUUUCAAAGUCAACAAUCCUGGUAGCAACCUUAUCAAAACUUGCGUUUAUUCUGGCUCAUUACUUAGCCCCAGGCUUUUUUUGUUGCUCUUCUUUCCCAACUACAAGAGCCCCUAGUCGUUGAGCCGUACUAGAGUCUCAAAGGCCUAGACCGCCCACUACUCGACUCCAUUUAGCUCCGAAAGAAUCGCACCAUCUAUUUCCCCUCCAUCGCUCCUUCAUGUACCCAUCUCUAAUCGAUCGCGUCCCGUCUCCCGAUCGAUAGCUCCCCGCGGUCUUGUUAGGAUAUUCGCCGUUAUUUCCACGCUGCUCUGAAUUUUCUGGCCAUUAUUUCCUCCUUACCACUCUCUUAUCGAACCCAUCCAACGACAUAGUCAAAAGAAUCAGCCUUUCUGUAUUCUGAUUCCAUCGACGCACCUCAUAUCCGAUGUCUGCCUCCGACUCGAUCCCGGCCACGCCGGAGGACUGGAAGGAUCUGUCGACACCUGCAUCUCCAGGCUCUGAAGAUUCGUCAGAACCCAGUACGCCGCUCGAGUCUCCCAGUCAUGAUAGCCCAGGUGAGCCUCCUCGAAGAGUACCAUCUCUGCGCUCCGUCUCCGAUCCUCGCAACAUGAACCCGAAUUCAACUGCUAUGGGUGUUUUAGGCAUGGCCAGGCGGCCUGUACAAACAUCCUCGAGUUUUGCUGGAAGUAGUAGUGCCUCGGUAGAAAACAGUAUAAUGGCCAAAGCCCGAGCAUUACAUCGACAUCGCAUGGAGAAGGGCAUGUCUCCCGCUGGAAACCCCGGGACACCCUCAGGAUCAUCGCCUACGGCCAGCGUCGCUAACGGAUUCCCUACCAACCUGGGAUUGCCGCCAAAUAUGCAACGACCGCACGCACCACAUGUCAAUUCAGCUCCUGCGAUAACGAAGCCCUCGCUGAGCGAGAGAAGGGCCAUGGGCGGCGGUAUGGGCAUGAAGCUGUCUGAUAUGGGUAGGCCUGGCCCUGCGACCGCCACUGGUAAGAAACGGGGGCCUCCUGGAAAGCUUUCUGAUAUCACAGGUGAUGUGCCAGGUAGCCAACGAUCCAACGGAGCAGGUGGUGGUCAGGGGUCGAAAAUGGACGACUUCAAGAAAUAUAUCGACACAGAGAAGGGCUGGGUAACCUUUGAUGGCGCUGCCACAAUCACACGGACAGGUGUCAACUUUGCCAAUGGCCAAACCUUCAGCAUAUCUCUUGAUGAAGUUGAAGUCUUGACCGAGCUGGGUAAAGGAAAUUACGGAACAGUCUACAAGGUCAAGCAUGCCAAGCGAAGAGUCCCUCGCUUCGGACAAGGCCUCUCGAGAAAGCCUCUCCCUGUUCAGUAUUCGCAGUCGGAUCCUUCUCCCGUCAGAUCUGCGGAAGACUCUGCCGAGGGCUUGUCAGAGACCACCGACGGUACAACGGGCACAGUGAUGGCGAUGAAAGAAAUGCGCUUGGAGCUUGACGACGCCAAAUUCACGACCAUUCUGAAGGAGCUUGUCAUCUUACACGAGUGUGUUUCUCCGUAUAUCAUCGACUUUUAUGGCGCCUUCUUCCAGGAGGGUGCUGUUUACAUGUGCAUUGAGUAUAUGGAUGGCGGGUCCAUCGAUAAGUUGUAUAAUGGUGGAAUCCCGGAGAAUGUUCUUCGAAAAAUCACAUAUUCUACUGUGAUGGGUCUAAAAUCACUGAAGGAGGAGCACAGCAUUAUACAUCGUGACGUCAAGCCAACAAACAUCCUGGUCAAUACACGAGGCCAGGUCAAGAUUUGCGAUUUUGGUGUCAGUGGUAAUCUGGUAGCUAGUAUAGCGCGAACCAACAUCGGCUGUCAGAGCUAUAUGGCCCCCGAGAGAAUCUCUGGUGGCGGAUUCGCGCAAGCUGGUAACUCCGAUGGCUCAUACAGCGUUCAGAGCGAUGUCUGGAGUUUGGGCCUGACCAUCAUCGAGUGUGCUAAGGGCGCUUAUCCCUACCCACCGGAGGUCUCUUCUACUAUUUUCAGCCAACUGAGUGCCAUUGUUGAAGGUGAACCACCUGCAAUGCCAGAGGACACUUACUCGGACAUGGCCAAGGAUUUUGUGAAAAGCUGUCUUCACAAGAUUCCUAUGAAGCGGCCAACCUACGCCAUGCUGUUGAAACAUCCGUGGCUCGUUGAAUUUACAAAGCCUCAAACAAUUGCGGAAGAAGCUGAGGAAGGCGACGGAGUUGAUACGGUCGCCGAAGCUGUUGGUAAAAUCAAUUUGGACUCAUCAACUGCAGAUGCUGAAGUAGCAGAUUGGGUCAAUGGCGUUCUACAACGAGAGAAAGAUGGUCUGAAGGAGGACGGGCCCUUGAAACCGGCACUACACAAUGCACCCCUUGAUAGCGUCAGUCCUAUGUCGAGCCCAAAGGAUGCAUAAAAGUUUGAAAAGCCGGGACGGCCCGGCCCAACCCUGCUUCUCGGGGGAAAUACUCGGCCAUCUAGGAAGCAUGCCAACGGAGCAGGUAUCUAGUUGGCUACAGGACUACCUAUGGAUAACAACCAUCUGCUUAACGGCUCUCUUUCCAAGGUGUUAACCUUUUAUCAUCGGCAGUAACACAGCACAAAGUCCCCAUGCAUCAGCAUGUGUUACUUACAUCAUUUUGACCUUCUUUUUCUGCAUUUUUUGGAGGACACUCCUACUCCUGUACACGCUUUAGGAUGGGGUUUAGACAAAUUAGGGCCGGAUUUUGGCAUUUGUUUUUCGUCAGAACAAAACUGGGCGAAUGACCAAGUUGGAAAACGAACCAGGAUAGCAUGUUGUUGUUUUCAUUUCAUGUACUCGAACGAAAGGGACAGCGGCGAACAACACAGGAUAAAAGAGAGGGAUCUGGAGGUGACUUCAGCCUUCAAUCGUUUAACGAGAGUCGGGGUCGGGUGUGAUAUGCAUUUCAUAGUUUGGCGAAUGGACGAAUAACGUCAAUAUGAUAUAUGCAUAAUGAUUUGAGCUUAUGAUACUAAGUACCUCGUGGACUAGGCAAUGAUAACAUUACCUAUCCUCACUGCAGCAGUACGUAAUGAAGAGUGAUAACUUGUGUGAAACCAUAAGCCCGGGGUCGUUGCCCG